AUGACUGAGGCAGAACUAAUAUUACGUGAUUUCUUAGAAUCAGUUCUUAAGGAACGAGGUUCCAAACAGAAAGAAGUCAGAAUAAAAGAAAUAAACUCAGACGGUGCUAAUUAUACCUCGCUUUUAUUUUCAGUAAACGUAGAAACUUUUGAUAAAGAAUUAAAAUUGUUUGCGAAAGUUGCUGAUGUAGCCGAUGAGGCAAGGAGGGUUUUGAAUUGUGACAAUUUAUUCUGCACGGAAAAAUUUGUUUACAACCAACUUAUACCUCUUUAUAAUAGUCUUCAAAAGGAUUUAGAUGAAGAACACAAGUUCAUAUUUCCUGAAUUCUAUGGCUUUAAUAAUGAGUUCGGUAAAGAAACAGUCAUAUUAGAAAAUUUAGUUGAAAGUGGUUAUAAGCCUUACAGUCGUUUUAAAUCCAUGGAUUGGGAUCAUGGCAGAAUAUGUGUGGAGGCUAUAGCACGGUUCCACGCUUUGUCGUUUGCAUUGAGGAAGAGUGAUCCAGAAGGUUUUCAAAAAAUAGCUCAAAAUCUGAAGAACACUUUUGAUAAAGAUGCAUUCGAUCAAACAACCAAAGAUCAAUUCAAGGAUAUGGCGGAGACAGCGUUAAGUGUUCUAAAGCAAGAGGAGUGUCGUGAUAAAAUCAGAAAGCUUUUAUUCGAAACUGACUUGAUGUAUAAAUACAAUCAGCCUCUCAGCACACCGGUGCUGGCCCACGGUGAUUACAAAAUAAGCAACUUACUGUUUAAAAGGAAGGGUCAUAAUCUGAAAGCUGUAGUAGUUGAUUACCAGACUGUCCAUACUGGAUGCCCUGUGGGAGACCUACUCUACUUUAUAUUUCUGGGCUCAGAUGAACACUUCCGUCGUCUGUAUUACGACAAAUUAAUAAAUCAUUACUAUACGAGUCUAGAAGAAGCUCUCAAGAGGUUGGAUGUGGAUCCUGUAGAAGUGUAUCCGAGAGAGAACUUUGAAAGUGAUUUGAAAGAGUCGUUACCCUUCGUUAUUGUGACGGCAUUAUCAGCCUUGCCAAAUGUGCUUGCAGACGUUGAAACAGUACAGAAAUGGAAUUCUGAAUGUGGAGUAGAAGAUUUUAUAAAGCCAAAAUUUAGUGAUUUAUAUAUAGAGAGAUUUAGAGGAAUAAUAAACGACUUCGUCAGAUGGAACGUUAUUUGA